AUGGACUUUGAGAUGGCCUCCAAGCAAGCAAUCCAGGAUGUAUAUGGUAGACAAGUGGCCGCGUACGGAUGUCAUUUUCACUUUUGGCAAUGUCUGAGGAGGAAUGUCAACGAGUACGCCAAACGAGACUACAAAGACAACCGAGUUUUCGCCAGAUUUAUCCGCCAUCUCAUGGCCCUCCCAUUUGCAAAGCCAGAACAUGUCGAAUAUUACUUUGAACAGUUGAUGAUCAAAUUUCGCGAUCUGCUUAGCAGCGAUGCAACAAGAUUGUUGAUACCGAUGAAAGACUACAUGGAAAGAACGUGGAUUGGCCUGCCAGGCCUCCUUCCAGGAGAUUCUCGGCAAGUCCCUUUGUUUGAAAUAGCAUUUUGGAAUUGUUAUGAAUAUACUAUAGUUGAUUUGUCCAGGACAAACAACCAUGUCGAGGCGUGGCAUCGGGCCAUUCAACAAACUAUCCGAGAGAAGCACCCAACCAUAGAAGUCCUGAUCAAAGCCCUGAAGGAGGAAGAAGGCAUUGCCAAUCUGGACAUUGCACACGCGUUAGCUGGAGAUGUCCCGCCAUUCAUCCGGCGGAAUGUCUACUACACUCCCAAUGAAAGGUUCAAGAAGGUGCUCCAAGUCUACAACCCAGAUCCACUCAUCUUCCUCGGUGGUAUUGUCCAGAACAUCCGCCUAAAAAAAAUGAAAAAUUAG